AUGUCAUUAUCUCUGGCACCGUUCACCAUCACUUUUGUCUUCGUCUCUAUCCUAGUCUCGCAAAAAAUCUUCCCUCAACUAGCGCGCGUCCAAAAUUCACGCGAUGGCGAAGAUCACUUCCUCCCCUCCGAUGCGCCCCUAUCACUUCAACAAGCCCAUGCUGAGCACGGCUCCAAAUCGAUACGAAGACGGGUAGCAGAAGGUGCUUUUUGCACGACUGUUGGAUUGGCAGUUGUUUUGGGCGAGUUGAUCUUAUGUGAAAUAUCGGAAUUGGUCAACCCUUAUGCCCGAGCACUGGCUCUGCGAAUCACCGUCCCGACUCUCUUAUUCCUCCUCAUCGUGCUGAUCCCUUUUCUCGAACUUCAAUCACUCGUUACCGGUUCGGGAUGGUCUUUUCAGCGCACUUCGAAAGGAAAUAUACCUAGAGUUGCUUGGGUGCUUCAGUUUGCCAUGUUUAGCGUUUGGUUAUUUGCCUUCUGGUCACUUGGGAAUCUUGUCCCGGUAGGCAGCGAGGUCGGGCGUUCUAGUGCUAGGAUGGAAAAACUUCGCGCGGAGCCCCUAUUAUCUGCAACUCUAGCACGCGCUUGUCUUGAGCGUAUCGGCGUCAUUGGUAUUUCACUGAUGGCUUUGCUAUCCGGAUUCGCCUCUGUUUCUUCACCAUGGCAUACAUUCGGAAGUCGUGCGUCGCGACGACCUGUGACAGAGGCUGAUGUUUCCCGUAAACAAGCGGGCCUAGAUGCCACCAAUGAGAUGCUAAUAACUAAACGACAUCGUCUACAGAGUCUACUGCGCAAGGCAUCAGAUACGUCUUCAGCCGAGAAACGUGGAUUUGUCACUAAAGUCAUCGGUUCUAUUCGAGGUGGAGGCGAUGCUGCAGAAAUCCGUACGUUACGUCUCGAAAUCGCUGGCCUGGAAGCUAUGGAAGCAAAUCUAUCUUCAUCUCUGUCUAUGUUGCGUUCAAGGCAGGCCAACUCAGCACGCGCUGCUACUUUUUCCGGGAAACUUCUCUUGAUACCCACUUACGUGUUCAGCGUAUAUUGCGUUUAUCGUAUAAUAGCAACUACUCUUACUACUUUGCGGCGUUUAUACUAUCCAGCCGCUUCGUUUUCCUCGUCUGAUCCGAUUAAUCGAUUCCUCGGGCUCUUAGCCAAACAUUGGGACCCAAAACUUGAUCAAAUCGCAUGGGCCAGGCAGAUUUCAUUUUUAUUAUCUGGCGUAAUCCUCCUUGCGAGCGCAAACAGUGCACUUCAGACAUUCCAUUUCUUCGCCAAAUGGACCCCUGGACUUUUAUAUCAGGCUCAGGCAAAUUUGGCUUUAUUGAUUGGGCAGAUCAGUGCCAUCUAUGUGAUCUCUGCCGCGCUCCUCCUACGCAGUAAUCUUCCCAAAGAGGUGGGCAGUGCCGUCGGCGACGCGCUCGAAAGCGCUCUGGAACCAGGGUUUGUAGAUAGAUGGUUCGAGGGCUGGUUCCUUUUAGCAAGCGUGGUUACAGCAGGAGGGAUUUGGAUAGGCGGGAAAAUAGGCGAGUGGAGCGAAGAAUGGGAUGAUAUCGGCAUGGAAGAAAUGGGUCAGAAACGAUCAUGA